AUGUCAACGGAAAACCUCGGUAACCAAAUUUCACAAGUGAUAGGAGAAUCCCAACACAUUUACGCGGAGAAUUACGUGUCUGUCGCUGCAACUGUCAUCCUCAUCUUCGACCAUCUCCUUACGUUCGGCCGAGAGGUCGAUUUCUUCUGGAACCGCCGCGUGUCCGGCCCGACAUUACUAUUCAUCCUAAAUCGCUAUCUUCCCCUUAUGUCCAAAAUUUCGUCAUCCCUUGAGUUCCACCCAUUUCCCGAUCAGCUUGAUGUGUACCAGAUCAUAUCCCCCGGUCAAUUCUCCUUGAUUGGAAAUAUCAGCGAUCCCAUUACUACAAUCCUGGUCUCGCGAUUUCUCCUAGAUCUGCAGGAGGUUCAUCAGGGGGCAGCCAAGCUCGGCUCGGACGAUCCACUUCACUCGUCUGCCUCUGACUUCCAGUUCGGAAUCGGGUCCCUGCGAUUCGCGGUGGACGCUAUGGGAUCCAUCGGGGCUGAUCUACGGAGCUUGGAAGAAUCCCACAUCUCAGGAAACAAUUCAUGGGCGAUGGAGGACGCGGGCAGCGCGGAGUAG